AUGGCGGUAUCAUACGUACCUGCCGGUAGAAUAGCAGUGAAUGACUUCCAUCGGAAAGCAGAUGAUGACAUCAUUUACUGGAAGAGGAUGCAGCAACUCUCAGUCUUCCAAGAGCCUUCUUCUGUGACAUCAGUUGCGUUCAGCCCUAAUAAACCCUAUAAUGUUGCAUCAACGAGCUCGGUCAGGCUGUCAUUGUACGACACGGUGGUCUGUGAACCAAUUAGUAUGUUCAGCAGGUUUAAACGUGCGGUCUAUGGCGUGAGGUUUCGUCACGACGGAGAGUUGAUAGCUAUCGGUGGAGAAGAAGGCAAAGUCCGCAUAUUCGACGUGACACACUCAAGUGGAGUGGGAAAGGCUCCUCUGCGAAGUUUCAAGGCUAGUCAAGCAACUGUUCGUUGUGUGGAAUUUUCGCCCUGUGGUAAAAAAUUGUAUUCAAUGGCUUGCGAUGGAAGAGUUAAGCAAUGGGAUAUUGCUGAUACGGGGUCGACGGCUGUAAUGGAUUUUGUUGCUCAUAAAGACGAGAUUCGUGCUACAGCGAUGUCAUCUGCAAAUAAUAAUUUAUUCUUAACGGGUGGUUACGAUCAUAAGGUCAAAUUAUGGGAUUCUCGAUGUGCAAGUGAUGGUCCAAGUGUGGAAAUGGAUGCAAGUUUUCCAGUAGAAAAUGUUAUUUUCUUGAAUAGUGAGAACCUCAUAGCAACAGCGGCUGGUCCAGUUGUUAAAAUUUGGGAUAUCGCUGUUGGUGGCCGACAGCUUAUGUCACUACAACAGCAUCACAAAAGCGUCACGUCUCUUUGCCUUGGCGCUAAUGGUGAAGCUUUGCUUACUGGUGGUAUCGACAGAAGAGUGAAUGCUAUCCGCCUUCUCGAUUUUUCGUUGCUACACACGAUGUCCAUGGCUGCACCUGUGCUGAGCUUGGCGAUGUCUCCUGAUGACCAAUCUAUGGCAGUUGGGAUGGGACAGUUGCUUUCUAUUCACCGUCGUGCACCGGAAGCAAAAGCUAUUGUAGCUGCUCAAAUCGCCGACAAACGCUCUAUGGUUCGUACGGCAGCCCCAAAGGUGCAAAUGCAGGUGGCAGGGAAAUCGAGGGAAAUCGUGGAGAUUAAAGCAAAGUCCAGCGACAUGCAUCGACUGACGAAGAUCGACUCCUUGUUGAAAGGAUAUCAACAUGCAGCGGCUGUUCGGAAAAUGUUCCAGUACGUCUAUGGUAAUGAGGAGCUGGACCCCAAAGUUGCGAAACUAGCACUCAACCUAAAAUCAGCCGUUGCGAAAGAGUUAGUUGUACAGAAACAGCUUACGCAAACGUUGGGUGCUCUGGAAUCGGAUGAAUACAAUUGUGCACGUCCGCUCGCUUCACUGCGUUACGAACCUCCGCCGGAUAAAAAGGCGUUAGCUGAAAAUGGCUUGAUGGAAAUAUCGUCGAAACAAGGUGAUCCAUAUGGUUUAUUUGGUGAGCCCACAUUAGGCUCUGUCACACUGGAUUUGCUUGACACGAAGGGAUGA